AUGCCUUGUGCCCAGGGCAGCCAGGCCGAGUUCCUUCCAAGCGGAAACGAGCUCCAGGACCUCUUCAUCGAGGACUCGUCCCAGAAGCUCCUGCCAGCACUCAUGACCUUGGACGUGUCAGACUGCCCUCUCAAUGGUCCUGUGGAAGACCUCCUCGUGCCGCUGGCGGCUUCAGGGCAACUCACCCGCCUGCACGCCAAGCGUGCCAACCUCUCUGGGCAUUUGCCAGACAUAGCUUGCAUUAAGGAUGCAAGAGUAGAUGGCAAAGUCUAUGCUGAGUACCGCGGACUUCCCUUGUCCAAGUCGCUGGAAGCGCUAGACCUCUCGGGUAACAAGAUUACCGGUGCGGACGCCCUGAGGGUGCAGACGUACAUCUCAUUGGCCAACAACCCACCGAUUACGUUCGCAACUGGUACUUUACAGAGUGCCCUCAAGAAGAACCUUCAGCUGGACCUAAGUGGCACGGCCAUCACAAACAUGCGGGAUAUCUCACGUCUCUUUGAGACAGGCGCCUUGCGGAUGACAGCGCAGACAACCUCGACAAAUGCCACUGGCGGUUACAGCUGCCACGACGUGACGUCGAGCUCACUGAAAAUCAGUUCCCACCUAUUUUGGCCACAAGGCCUAUGUGGCUGCAUUGCAGGAUACGAAGGCAGCGGCACCGACUGCAGUGAGUGCGCCAACAACAGCUUCAAUGAUGCCUUCAACAGCUCUUGCCGUCGCUGCCCGGCAGACAGCACCGCCGGCAAAGGCACUGCCUCCAUCGAUGGCUGUCGGUGUGACCUGGGCGCUCUCCGUACCUGUCUAGACUGCUUGUGCCGCAACUUCGUCAUGAGGGUUCUGCAGGAGGGCGCCUGCGAAGACUGCAGCGAACUCCACCUGGACAGCCUACAUACCGCAUACCUCUCUCGUGAUUCUCGUGACUGCCCUGUCGGAAGCACCGUGGAGACGGCGAAGCCUAAGGUGGGCUACGCGCGGCUGGUCCGUCAGGCUUCCGUGGUUUUCAGGUGCUUGGAUCCGGCUGAGGAGCGGUGCAAUGCUUCAGGGAGCCCUGACCUGGGCUGCACGGCCGGUGGCUACGAAGGGCCUCUCUGCAUCGCCUGCUCGGAGGGCUACCGCAGCCGCUCCCGCCAGUGCAUCAAGUGUGAUGCGACUUCCGACACGCGUGGGACCGCAGCCGGCGUCGCCAUAACGGCUGCAGUGGUAGCGGUGGUGGCAGGUGGCAUCUACUUCUGGAGGAGCCGUGCUGCGGAUUCAGGGCCGGCGGACGCAGCGCCCGUGCCGCAGAGCGUCUUGCAGCCGUUGCUUCUUGCCCAGGGCCCUGUGCUGCUCCAGCUGUUCCAGCUGUGGGGCGUGCUGCUUGGCCACAUCGUGGGGAUCGUUCCUCAAGGCUGGUGGCCCUGUCCACGCGCAGGGACCAAGGAGGUGGUGGAGGCUCUGGAGGUAGUGGAGGAAUAUGUGCAGUGGCUGCAGAUGACAGCAAAGGGCCUCCGCGAUGCCAUGAGCUUGGAGUGUGCGUACGGCAGGAGCGCCCAGACCUUCAGCGCUUUGGCUUCGCCCUGCAUCCCGCUGCUGCUGCUGGCACUGUGCAUGCCUUUGGAGGCGGUGCGGCAUGGAGCCGGCACGGAGCCCGGCGUCAGCUCGGCCCUGAAGUUGCUGACGGCACUCUUCAUCGGGGAUGGCGAGUCCUUGCUGAAGCAUGCCUUCCGCGUGGCCUUGCCGCUUGUGAAGUGCGACGCGAGGGGCGGAGAGGCAGCCUGGGCGGACGGCGUGGGCAUGACGUGCGCGGUGAUGUAUGGACUUGUCAUUCCGGGGCUGCUGCUGCGCUUCGCCGGGGCCGCAGAGGAUGAAGGUGACUUGGUGAAGGUGAGGGUGGAGCCCUUGUGGCGAACGGUGUCGGCGUCGGCAGAGGAGCAGGAGUCAUCGAAGCAUCUCAUGGCUGCGACUGCGGCACAUUGUGUGCUCUUUUCAGGGCGUGUGCGCCUGCAGCUUCAGAAGAGCCACGUGAUCCUCCAAUCAGUGGAGUCAAAGAGGGAGCAGGACAACGCAGUCUUCGAUGCUGCUUCCAUGCAUCAAAGCAACUACGGUGACAGGGAGCGGAUUAGUUUCCUUGCGGCCUGGACGGUCUGCCUCGAUCCUGAGAGCAAGGUGACCUCGGCAACCUUGGACGCCGCCUUUGGAGGUACGAGCGAUGCAGACAUGCGGCGCUGCCAGUCGAUGACAAGGAUGUUGACGGAACGCUGCAUCCUGGAGGAAGCGAUGAUUCGUGACGUCUGGUUCGAAGUUGCCAUGAAGCUCGUGGCUGUCAUCCUGGUUGCCGUAGCCUCCACCGAGAGCGGCCUCAAGCUGACUUUGUGCUUCACGCUCGCGACGGCCAUUGCCGUUGGCACUCUGCAGCCCUACAGACAGCGCCAGGUCAACGACCUGCAGUGCUUCUGCUUCGUUUGUCUGGCUGCGGCUUCCAUCGGCUUCGCCGAGGGGUGGGUGGCCCUGGCACGCGGAGCGCUGGCCGCGCCGUUCGUCCUGGCUGGCGCGCAGGUCUUACGCCCAGGCCAGACUGGCCAGACUUUCUGCGGUUGGCUCAUCCUGUCCUAUGGCCUCGAUGCGCUGGCACUGCGCCUGUUCAAGGAGGUGGAGCAUCACUGGCCCGCUUUGGAGCGGGAGGAGUCCGUGGAGCUCUUGGUGUAG